AUGGGAAUAAUUGUAAGUCGCCUCGAAUUCGUCAAACUCUUUGUUUCGCAAAGAAAUUACUUUUAUGGAGGGUCCUGCGUUCCGACGGGACAUACCUCAAAAAAUCCGAAAAAUUGUGCUGAUCAAGAAUACAUAAAAAUUAGCUGCCCAUUUUUGGGUUUACGAUAAAAAGCGCAGUCGGUCUCUUCCUCCGGAAGAGAGCGGUGUGGCCGAGUGGCUAGUGCCGUAGUCUGGGAAUCAAGAGGGGGUUGCCGCACGGGUUCAAUUUUCCUUUUGGGCCGAAUAAACUUUUUUUUGAAGUUGAAGGUCAGAAAGAUAAAUUUUUGUGCCAAAUCUUAUUUAUUACGUCUCAGAAACUCAAGAAACAUCAUUUUAAGCUAAAACAAGAUUUGUAAACCUAUGAAAAAUUAAGCGAAAAGAGGUUUAUGUAGGACUUUAAGUCAACUUCUGAUUGAUUUUUCACCCCGAAAACCCUAAAUUGGGCAGCUAUUUUUUAUUAGGUUGUCCAACAAAUAAUGACCCUCUGUGAGAGGGGCAAAGUUUAAAGCCUCUAAAAAAGGCAAGCGAUGAUGGAAUUUCAAAAUAUUAUAACAUUUUGUAGCUGAGAUUUCAGGCUUUCGUCUGAUGUAUCGUUUGUCAUAUUGGGACCAAAUUACAGUAAUUUAGCCAUAAUCGAAAAUUAUCAAAAAAAAGUCGGUUCGCGCUGUCAUCUUUUACGGGCAAAAACAGAAUGCGAAAGUUUCAGAAGCUAUGCAAAGUAUCAACGCUAUGUUCGACUAGUGUGUUCUGAGCCUGAACACGGUGAAACGAUGGAUUUAAAAAUUACGAUUUGACGGCAAGGGACCAAAAGAUAAAUACGGAAUCCAAACUUUAUCAAUUUUUCCUGAGGUCGUCGGUUGACGAACAUCCUAGAAUCAACAUCCAACGCGUCUCUGACAUCGUCUGGCUGUUGAAAUAAUCGGCGGCUAACCAUUCGAUGUCGAUGAAAUUCAAAAAAUGCUCGGCAACUUUUUCCCAUGUUAUUGGAUCAAAGCAAAGAGUGGAAGCAUUACAUUUCUCGCGUUUGCGUGCCGUUUCCUGGAUCGAAUCGUUGCCUCUGAUGAAAAGAGGACCUACUGGGACAACUAGACCAGAUAUACUGAACGGAGUCCUCCGAGGGUAACACUGCGGCACUUGUCAAAGCCCGACUCCCCCCAAAACAAGUUGAUGACUAGUUCUUGAUAGUGCAGCAUGGGAAUAGUACAAUACAGCUUCUUGAAAGCUGGCCAAAAUGUAGAUACCAUCCCCUACUGUAUCCAGACAGACAGUUUGUGGCAGCGUCUGUCUUCAACGAUGCGCCGCAGAAGUCCAAAAAUUCUUUGCGGCUACCUGGAACCUCCCCUUUGAAAGAUGACCCUCCAUAAGCCGAUUUAAUAGAGAUACGAGACUGUCCCUCGUCCAGCCUAUUUGUCAAAGCUGGCCUAUACACAUUACCAUAAGUUCAAGAAUCUAGCACGUUUCAUCAGUGGUAGGGAAUUCGACAAUCAAGACACCCUUGAAAAGGCCUUCAAAAGUUUCGUCGGCUCCAGAAGCCGGGGUUCCUAAGCUACAAACAUAAAAAACUUUUUGGCACGUUGUAACAAGCGUGAUAAAGCACAUGAUAAUUAUUUUGAUUAAAUAGAUCGCAGUUAUUACGGUAAAUUUUGCCAAAAAAGUAAAUUUUUCGAAGAGGGUCAUUAUUUGUUGGACAACCUAAUACAUAUCCUGGAUCAGCACAAUUUUCCGGAUUUUUUGAGAUAUGUCCUGUCAAAAAGUAGGAGCCCCCAUAAAAGUACUUUCCUUUCAGAUAUUCCCAUUCCUUUUCCUCCUGGAUAUUGUUGGCGCUUACAUCAACACGUACAUCCGUCGAAAGGAAUUCGAUGACACCGAAAAGCCGAUGCCCAAAUACGCUGUUCCGCGUCUUUUGCACUACUGCGACAAGGUGAUUUCGCUUGAAGAAUACAGAAAUAUGAAGUUGGUUGGCUGCGCUGGAAUUGUUUACGAUAUCUACGCGGUGCUGCAAAAUGCUUUUUUAAUUUUCUCUUUGAUUUACUUUUAUGACAAGUCGGAAGAAGAGAUUAAAAAAAUUAUUAAUUGACAUGUCGCGUGCUUUCGAUUUUUUCCGCCUAAGAUACGAAAACUGUCAACAUCAGCAAUCAGCACAGAAACCCCCAAAUCGAGUAUUUGUGAAAAAAAUUCAAAAAAUUACUACUUUACAGUACUACCUAAGUAAGGAAAAAAGUAACGAUCAAAAAAAUAAGUGUGAUUUUCGAAAUCAGCACCCUCGAUUAUCCUAUUAAUUGCGACACUUGUGGCGAAGAAAAAUAAUACUUUUCGAUUUCCCCCAAUCGUCCAACUCCGAGCAAAAACAUGCUUACAUUUCAGCGAUAUUUCGAUGCACAGUGCAAAGUGAACUUUCGAUUUCGCAGAGUGCAUGCCGCCGAUUUCCGUCCGGCGACUUUCCGGAAGGACUAG